UACAACAAGAGGAGCCCAAGCCCACCGAUCUAAAUCUCUCUCAACUCUCAAACCUCCAUUUCUCACUCCUCUUCAAAUUUUCCAAGACAAAGAUUCGACCGAUAUUCUCUCGUGCUUUCUAAUCUAUUUGGCUUCUCAUUUCUUUCAAAUUCAAACUAUUCUGUUAAGCAACUACUCUGGAAGUCUCCUUCUCCAACUCUACUUCCACUUCUUCGGUUCUUCUUCUCUGCACGAACUUUUUUGUAUAUCAGACCAUCUCUGAGCUUCGUUAGGGUUUUUGUAGUUUUAUUUAUAGUUCUUGUUUGUUGCAUACUGCAAUGGCGUUUUACUAAUUUAUGGCGGCGUGUUCUAGAGGUUUCGCGAAUUUCAAACUCGGGAGAUUCGAGGUGUCGGUAUCUUCUUCUCCUUUGCGUUCUGCUGAUGGAAUAGUGUUGAGGAAUAGGAAGAAGAGGAAGGAUCGAGUUGCGACGAGUCGGAUUAGUUGCUGCUGCUCUGAAUCGGCGGUUCCGAUUGGGAGAAGCGCCGGACCAUGUAAUAGCGUAGAGAAGGUCGAGGAAAAGAGGCAUCACCGCGUCCGAAUCCAAGCCAAUGCUGCAUUGCCCUUUGCUUCUCCUCCGCCUUAUUUUGCUUCCAAACAAGACAAGUUCAACCCUCGUUGCACCCCUAGAAAUUCUGGCCCACAGUCCCGUGACACUCCACCUAAAAGAGACACUGGUAUUGCCAAUGAGAAAGACUGGGGAAUCAGCUUGUUAAACGAAAACGUCAAUGAGACUGGCACCAGUGAAGAUGGCUGUACCUGGUAUCGAGAAGGUGGGGAAGACCUGGGUGAAAAUGGAUACCGAUGUAGAUGGACAAGGAUGGGUGGGCGAUCCCAUGAUGGUUCCUCGGAAUGGAAAGAAACGUGGUGGGAGAAAAGUGACUGGAGCGGAUACAAAGAGCUAGGUGUGGAGAAAUCUGGACGCAAUGCUGAGGGUGAUUCAUGGUGGGAAACAUGGAAAGAGGUCCUCUAUCAAGAUGAAUGGAGUAAUUUAGCAAGAAUAGAGAGGAGUGCACAGAAACAAGCAAAAUCUGGCACUGAAAAUGCUGGAUGGUAUGAGAAAUGGUGGGAAAAGUAUGAUGCUAAGGGCUGGACCGAGAAAGGGGCACAUAAGUAUGGUAGACUAAAUGAGCAGUCAUGGUGGGAAAAGUGGGGAGAGCAUUAUGACGGAGGAGGAUCAGUUCUCAAAUGGACUGACAAAUGGGCUGAGACUGAAUUGGGAACCAAAUGGGGAGAUAAGUGGGAAGAGAAGUUCUUUGCUGGCAUAGGUUCUCGUCAAGGGGAGACGUGGCAUGUGUCCCCCAGUGAUGAACGUUGGUCAAGGACGUGGGGGGAGGAACAUUUCGGAAAUGGUAAAGUUCACAAGUACGGGAAGAGCACAACAGGUGAAAGCUGGGAUAUUGUUGUGGAUGAAGAAACGUAUUAUGAGGCUGAACCUCAUUACGGAUGGGCCGAUGUCGUGGGUGAUUCAAGCCAAUUACUAUCCAUUCAACCCCGUGAGAGGCCACCCGGUGUCUUCCCAAAUCUUGAUUUCAGGUCAUCUCCUCCAUCUCCCAACAACGAUGAUCCGCCGGGCACGCUUCCCCCUGCUUAAUGAAGGUCUGAUUUUCACUUUCCUCUAUUUUGUUUUGGCAGUUUUUAAUAUUAUCUUGUCCAAUUGCUUUGGUUUCAAAGAUGUAUUUCCACUUGUUGUUGGAACAAUUCUGAAUUAUUGUUUGAUUUAUUCAUUCUUUCCAUAUUCAUUGCAUAUGAUGUGGAGCUUGGACUAUAUU